AUGAAUUCAGCCACGGUAACCAACAAUGGAGAGCCUGCUGCCCUCAUAGCCAAGUUGCAGCAUCUUGCUCCGAGACUCAGUGACGAUGCAGACCAUGAAGCGAAGAGAGAAUGUUUACAAAUCAGUAGAGCUCUCACUGCCCAGCUGGAGCAGCCAGAAACCACAGCGGUUGACAUGCUCUUUUCGCCUAUGAUUGCCGCCACUGUCAGAAUUGCUGUCGACUUGAAUCUAUUUUCGCACAUAGUCAAAAACGAGCCCGUUAACUCUGCCAAAUUGGCCGAAUUGUCUGGCGCAGAGGAGCUGCUGAUAGCACAGCAUUUCGUUGAAGAAACAGCUCCGAAAACAUGGAAAGCGACUCGUAUUACUCAUGCCAUGACUAUAGAGGGAAUUGCUGCUGGCCAUCGAAUGCUUUCCCAGCUAGUUGUUCCUGCUAUUCAAAGUGCUCCAGCUUACCUGCUAGAAAGAGGGUAUACCUGCCCAUCUGACCCAAAGAACGGACUUAUCCAGUACGCUUUCAACACGGAGAAAACUGCUUUUGAACGUAUUAGUUCCAUACCAUCCCUGCUUGCGGACUUCAACUCCUUUAUGGGCAAUACAAUGGGUGCCCGUACAUAUUGGAUUGACUGGUAUCCAGUACAGAGCCGAAUUAUAGAUGGAGCAUCACCUGAUAAGGCUUUGCUUGUGGAUGUAGGCGCAGGAAAGGGUCAUGACUUGUUGGCGUAUAAAGAGAAGUUCCCCAACACCGGCAGGCUGGUAUUGGAAGACUUACCAGCUGUUACGGAAGCGCUUGGAAGUUUGGACUCGGCGAUUGAAAAGGUUUCGUAUGAUUUCUUUACGGAACAGCCCAUCACUGGUGCAAGGGCCUAUUUCUACCACCAUAUCCUACACGACUGGUCCGAUGAGCAGUGCCUCAAGAUUCUUGCAAGAGUUGCAUCCGCCAUGACACCAGGUUACUCGAAGCUUCUCCUUCACGAGAUGAUUAUUCCUGAAGUAGGUGCAUCUCAGUUCCAAGCAAUGUUAGAUAUGACAAUGAUGGCCUUUAAUGGUGGGAUGGAGCGUACAAAGGAACAGUGGACUGUGCUAUUGGAGAAGGCAGGUCUUAAGGUUGUCCAAUUCUGGGACCCAGCGGAAGAAGGUGGCGAUGGAAUCGUCGAGGCCAUGAAAAUAUAG